GGUAGACCAGCAGCUGCCCCGGGCCCAGAGCUCGGAGAAGCCUGGAAUCGUUUGGGAGGGCCAGAGAGGCGGCUGGGGCCGCGCGUGGGGGAGCGACUCAAGAAAUCCCCUUCUCUGGAAAGAGAAUUGGGGAAAAGGCCCGGAGUAGCCCGGAAGCCUCCCCCGGAGCGGAGAGAGCCGGCUCGUGCCCGAGCCGGGCAGGACGCCAACGUGGCCCUCGCUCCGGGCCCCCAGAAGAUGGUCCCCCCCGGAUCCAGAGCCCACGUGUGUGAGCUGCGCCAUCAGAGCUUCGAAGCCAGCACGGAGCUCACGCGACACCAGAGGAGCCACGUGGGGGAGAAGCCAUGCACGUGCGCCGAAUGCGGGAAAGUGUUCAGUCAGAGUUCCUACCUCCUUCAGCACCAGAGAGUCCACACUGGAGAGAAGCCCUAUCGGUGUCGAGAGUGCGGAAAAGCCUUUGCCUGGAGCUCCAACCUCAUCCAGCACCAGAGGAUCCACACCGGAGAGAAGCCCUACGAGUGCCCCGAGUGUGGCAAGGCCUUCCGGGCCCAUUCCCAGCUUAUCCACCACCAGAAGAUUCACAGCGGCGAGAAGCCCUAUCGGUGCGAGGAGUGCGGCAAGGCCUUCGGCAGGAGCACGACUCUCAUUCAGCACCAGAGGAUUCACACCGGCGAGAAGCCCUAUCAGUGCAAGGAGUGCGGCAAGGCCUUUAACUGGAACUCCAACUUCAUCGAGCACCAGAGGAUUCACACGGGCGAGAGACCCCACGAGUGUAACGAGUGCGGGAAGGCCUUCAGCCAGAGCUCCAACCUCAUUGAACACCUGAAGAUCCACACGGGGGAGAAGCCCCACGAGUGCAAUCAGUGCGGGAAGUCCUUCAUGCGCAGCUCGGGCCUCCGCCAGCACCAGAGGAUUCACACCGGAGAGAAGCCCUACCCGUGCCACGAGUGCGGGAAGACCUUCAGGGAGAGCUCGCAGCUCAUUCAGCACCAGAGAAUCCACACCGGGGAGAGGCCCUUCGAAUGCCAGGAGUGCGGGAAAGCCUUCAUCUUGAUCUCGAACCUGACCGAGCACCAGAGGAUUCACACCGGAGAGAAGCCCCAUGAGUGUGCCGAGUGCGGGAAAGCCUUCAGCCAGAGGUCCAACCUCAUCAGCCACCAGAGAAUCCACACGGGAGAAAAGCCCUACGAGUGCGGUGAGUGCGGGAAGACGUUCAAGGGCAGCUCGGGCCUCGUUCACCAUCAGAGGAUCCACACGGGAGAGAGACCCUACGUGUGCGGCGAAUGCGGGAAGACCUUCCGCGGGAGCUCGGAGCUCCGGCAGCACCAGAGACUCCAUUCGGGGGAGAAGCCCUACGUGUGCAGUGAGUGCGGCAAGGCCUUCGUUCGAAACUCGGAGCUCAUCAGCCACCAGCGAAUUCACACCGGCGAGAGGCCCUAUAAGUGUGGCUUGUGCGGCAAGCCCUUCAGCCAUCGCUCCAACCUCAACGAGCACCAGAAAAGACACGGAGGUGGUCGCAGGGGGAGCAGUGAUCCUGAGGACGCCCAGGCUGAGGGCUGAGGACAGGCUGUAGGAGGGAGGCAGAUGGAGGGAUCUCGGGGCAGCCCCCACGCACUGAGGAAGCGACGACUGUCGUGGGAUCCUUCCGCUCCCCAGAGGCCGGGUGACGGUGAGACGCGGCUCCCCCUGGUUGGCAGCCGAAGGGCGGAAUGUGUGUGAAGGGGUGUGCAGGUGGCCCCAGGUCAAUAAAGCCGUGUCUGCCGCAACCAGAGUGAAUGAUUGCCUUCCCCGAGCUCCCCUCGGAAGACCUUCCUGCACGCUCGGGGUCCGCGGCAGCUACCCACGGCCUCCCAGACGCAGGGUUUCCGGAGCUGGAGCCGCGCAGCGGAGGCGGGAGCGAUCUUCGCCGGAGCAGCGCUCGCCGGCGGUGGGCGGGGCUUGGGCUCCUCCCAGUGCUCAGUAAACUUCCCUCU